AUGAACUACGUAGGUUCAGCAUCUCACGCGGUGCUAGAUGUACUGAAAAACGAUGGCCCCGACGAGACGGGGAAGCAACACGUGCUGACACGCCCACUCAUCGAGGUCAUGGAAGAUGUGAAGUCUAAACUUCGACUGAUUGAUGGAGAAACGAAAUCAUUCUAUGAAAAUUCGUACCGUUAUUUACGAGAGGCCAAGAAUGAGGCGCAUAAACUACGGGAACGAAAUAAUGACUUGAGAACCAAACUGGCUGAAUAUGAAAAACUUCAAGGUCAAGUUCGGGACCAUGAGUAUUUGGCCAAACCGAAUGAAAGAGUAUUGAAUACGGAAUUUUCCAAUCAGGUUUGUUUUAGUUCACCUAUGUUCAAAAUUCCACAAAUUUGUUCUCGCACAUUCUGA